ACGUGAGAAAAGUAGAAUCGGGAAUGUAUUAAUGUGUUUCUCCGUUUAUACAAAUACGAAGAUGAUAUUUAACACAAAAUUGGGCACCGAAGAAAUAACCGUCAUUCACGGUAUAAGAUUUUUGACCAUGGCUUGGAUGAUAAUAAUGCAUAGCAUAAUGUUCUCGACAGAAUAUGUAGAUAAUAAAAUACAGAUAUUGAGAUUGAUCAAAAGUCUCCCCUUUCAAAUGAUCAGCAACGGAUCCGUAUCGGUUGACACUUAUUUCUUUUUAAGCGGAUUUUUAUUGGCUUACACGUAUUUAAAGAAUAAAAUAGACAAGGAACAAAUUAAUCCGAUUAAAGAACAGAUAAACAAAUAUUUUGUCAUCAUAAUGAAGAGAUAUAUUCGAUUGACACCGGCUCACAUAAUGAUGAUAGGAGUAGCGCAAUUGAGCUCAGCUUGGUACGACAAGAAUUCGCCAUUCUACGUUGAGGAGAGACCACACGAAAUUUGCGCAAAAUACUGGUGGAGAAAUAUCUUGUACAUAAAUAAUCUAUUUGGUUAUAAAAAGAUGUGCUUGGUUUGGAGUUGGUAUCUAUCCAGCGAUAUGCAAUUCUUUAUAAUUGGUCUGGCGCUUUUAAUUCUAUCAACUGUAUAUUUUUAUGUGGCUGUUGUCAUACUAUGUACAAUUUUGAUAGCCUCGGUUAUCUUAAGCGGUUAUAUCUCAUACAUUUAUGAAUAUGUUCCGACUACAGACUUCUAGAUGUCCUCUACUUCCCUCCAUGGAUUCGAAUUGGUCCAUAUAUUAUUGGAAUGAUUACAGGUUACAUUAUAAGAAGAUUUAACAAAAAAAUAAUCUUG